GGCCAGCCAUUUAAUUACAUGCGGCCAGCACAGACAUUGGUUCGGCCUUUCGUAAGAUUCCCCGGUAUAACAAGUCUCAGUUCUCCAUCAAUCACUCUUCUUCCCCAUACAAAUGGCGUUGUAUCACCAUAUCGCACAUUUCAACAAGGACAAAUACGACGUAUUACUCCGAUUGCCCAAACCAUGUCCGUAAUAAAUCCAACAACAACUUUUACAUCUCAACGUUUUGGUUCUUCGUCCCUAAUACCUGGUUUUGCGACAUUGGCAGCUAACGUAGGUACAGCAAAUGUAGCUGCUAGAGCCUUACCAUCCAGUAGUGGCAGUAGCGUUUGGAGGCUAGCCAUACCCGCCCAGUGGAGCCGGUCUAUGCAAGGGUCUAAAAUUACUACGGCACCAAGCCAGGCCCAGUCCGUAAUUGCCGUUGGGAAUACUGGAUCAAGUGGAAGUCAGUCUAUGGCAGGUAUUGGGGCUAUCAGUGGCCUUACUCAAGAAUCAAUGUCAGGAGGUAGUCUUGGACUUGAAAAUGGUUUCAUUGGCCAGUCUAGAUCCUUCAUUGGGUCAAACAGUGGCCUUACUCAGGAAUCAAGGUCGGGAAGUAGCCUUGGACUUGGAAAUGGUUUCCUUGGCCAGUCUGGAUCCUUCAUUGGGUCAAACAGUGGCCUUACACAGGAUUCAGGGUCGAAAAGUAGCCUUGGACUUGAACAUGGUUUCAUUGGCCAGUCUGGAUCAUUAAUUGGGUCAAACAGUGGCCUUACUCAGGAAACAAGGUCGGGAAGUAGCCUUGGACUUGGCAAUGGUUUCAUUGGCCGGUCAUCUGGAUCAUUCAUUGGGUCAAACGGUGGCCUUACUCGGGAAUCAAUGUCAGGAAAUAGCCUUGGACUUGGCAAUGGUUUCGUUGGCCAGUCGUCUAGAUCAUUAGCUGGGACAACCAGUGGCAGCGCCUUUGUUGGUGGGGAAGGCGGCGACUUUACCCAAGGAAUGGUAUCAGAAGGAAGUACUUCUUCAAAUGGAUUCACUCUACCAGAUUUUCUGAAACAAAGACCAGGGAAUGGUAACACUGCCCAAUCGAACUCUGUCAUGACAAGCCAGAAUGAUGGAUUCAUAGCGACUAACACAAUAUCCUCCACGAUAGAAUCGGAAAACAUCUUCAAACCUAAAGGCUCUAAGACAAAAUCGAGCAAAACGAGAAGGCGACAGGAAUUGAAAUUGAAGCUAGAACGAAGAAGGGCUGAAAAGAAAGCUGCAAAGAAGGCUGCAAAGAAGGCUGCAAAGAAGGCUGCAAGGAAAGCUGCAAAGGCGGCCGCAGAAAAAGCUGCAAGAAUGGCUGCAAAGAAGUUGAGGACUGUAAAAGUGACAAGACAUGAUUCGUAUGUGAGAGAAUCAGCAGCAGCACCGAACACACGUACAGGGAGUCAAUCAACGUUUACUCAGUCAAGCUCCAACUCUGUGAAUACGCUGAGGAGGAAACUGGGGAAUGGAGGAUUUGGUGUCAGUCUAACACCACAAAUCCACAGCAACCUGAUGACACUAGGAAAAAGCUACGGUCUGGAUGAAAAAGCAACAAAAACAAUCAUUGAUGAUCUCGUUAAAUCUAUGAGAGAGGGGAACAUGGAAUUCCGAAACCACUUCUUUAAUGAAGAAAAAGAAGCAGAGCUUAAAAAGUUACAUGAUAAAUCAAUCAGACUGUUAGCCUCUUUAGCAGCUGAGUCAUCAUCUUCAUCAACUAAUGCACAAUUAAGUAGAAGUGGCCAAUCACUAGCCGGACGAGGUAAGGACUAUAAAUAACACCGACAACAAAACAACAUUCAACAUCUUAAA